AUGUCCUCGCCCGCCAACCACUUCCGACUGACGCCCUCCAACCCCCGCGAGACGAACCCCCGUGCCAAGCGCGCCUCUGCGCCUGCCAGCGACUCGGUGCAACCUCCGCCCGACGCCUCGCUCAAGAGGAAGCGCGGCCGCCACGGCUGUGACGAGGUCCAUCCGACCUGCACAAAAUGCCAAAAGCACGGCGAGUCCUGCGAGUGGGAUACUGGCGUCAUCUUCCGCCACAAUGGCCUCUCCAGCGAGCAUCCGUCCAUGCGCGAGAUUGGCCGCCAUAGCCAGCACCGCCAUACGGACUUCACUAUCAUCGAUGUCACUUCGUCCGUCAUGCGAUCAUGCCGGGAAGAUGACAAUUCGGCCGAGGAUUAUCAGGACACUACCGCCUCAACACCGCUAGGAAGCGAGCCGCGCGACAGUUGGCCCUGGAAGCACAAUGACGACUCUGCUGCUGCUUCCCGCUCCACCAGAGCAUUCUCCUCGGGCUCGUCUGAGCAAGCCAGGUCCCGAAGCGACGCUCAGUCCCCCGUUCAACACCACAAUAACCCGGCUUCUGUGCCGAAAUUCCAAGCCCCUGCCAUACCGCACGGCCCGGAUCCGGAAAAUCGUAUGCCCUCGUUUAAGGCCCAUGGAGCCGCUGAAAAGUCCCAGGCAGACGCCAGCGAUAGAGGCGGUCAGGGGCGUAUAAGUGGAAACGGGGCCAUACUGAACGACCAACAGCGCACAGACGGGGGCUCGCCUGCACACCCUCACUUGAACCGAACUAGCUCAUCCUCAACCUACUCGACCGUUCGCUCCGGAUUACCCACACCUACCUCCGCACCGCCCGGAAAUACUCAUCUGUACGAUCUUGACCACGAAGCGCCAGCUUUGUCUCUUUCCGCAGGAGAGCUAGCCGCCCUGGAUUUCUUGACAUCCCAGCCCACGCAACAUGCUCCGCAUGAGCUGGCAAUUGCAGAUCAUGACGGACCCUGGAUAUCCCAAGAUAUGAACGCAGAGGUGUCCUCUGCUUUUUCAAACGAUCCAGUCAUGGUCGACUCGCCAUCGAAUGGCCUCUACUAUCCAAGCCACGCCUACAAGGACCUACAGCAGAACUUGCACAGCCAUAUCAUUGAGACUGCCCGUAACAGUGGGCUCACUAGGCACGGAACUCCAGAUUUGCCUAUGGAAGGAGCCCACCAUGGCAUUUCGGGUCAUGAUCCGGACACUGUUGGCCGGGCUGCCGCAAGGCUCGAAUCCAUGACCCAUCCACCGCCCACGAAGACUUUGAAGGAGCAGCGCGAAAUCGAGCUUUGGCAGAAUUACUUCAACGAGGUGGCUCCCUGGCUUGACAAAUUUGAUAACCAGCGGCACUUUCAGUUCUCUAUCCCUGUCAUGGCAAAGACUUGCCCUCACCUGCGAUACUCGGCUUUGGCGCUCUCUGCUCGGCAGCAGGAACGAAAAGAUCCGUCCAGACCAUACACCGAGAGCCUUGGGCUUUAUCAAGAAGCAAUCCAGAACCUAGUCCCCGAGCUUGAGACCAUGAGCACCGAAGUCAUCGCUUCGAGUGUCUUGCUGUGUGUUCUGGAAAUGAUCAUCGUAUCGCCCAAGGACUGGGGUCGGCAUCUCGACGGCUGUGCCAUUCUUCUCCAGGCCGCGAACAUCACCGGUGUUUCGGGCGGCGUGAAUCAGGCACUGUUCUGGUGUUUCGCGCGCAUGGACGUCUGGGGCGGCUAUCUUUCCGACAACUGCACCAAGGUCCCCCUAGAUCGCUGGCUCUCCUCUCACGUCCCCAUGUCGACCGCCGUGAACCUCUUCAAGAACGAAUGCAAAGGCUUCGACGCCUAUGCAAACUACGCUGUGUUCUUGUCAGCCUCGGUCGUCAACGUCAUCAACGGCCGGGGCGACACGGUCUCGAACCCAGAAGCCCGGGCCGAGUACGUCGCGCGCUGGAAGGCGCUGUGGGACCUCGUCGAGGACUGGUACAACUCGCGGCCCGUCGAGAUGCAGCCGCUGCUCUCGUACCCGGCGUCGUUUGACGACUACGACUUCCCUUUUCCCAAGAUCCUGUACGGCAACCCGCCGGCGACCAACGGCAACCAGCUCUACCACUUUUGCGCCAUCCGCCUGCUGCAGGAGAAGCCAAAGGAGGUCGUGCUGCGGUCGAACAGUCACAACCAUCAUCACCACCAGCAGAACAAUAGCAACAGCAGCGGCAAGAAGAACGCGAAGAGCUUGAUCUGGCACGCCCGCCAGAUUUGCGGCAUCGCCGCCAGCAACAGCCAUCACGGGGCCUGGAUCAACGGCCUGCAGCCGCUGUGGGUGGCGGGCAAGCUGAUGAGCCACCCGAGCGAGCAUCGGGCGAUUCUGAGCAUCUUGGCGAGGAUAGAGAACGAGAGCGGGUGGGCGACCAAGUGGCGGGCGGAUGAGUUGAAGGAGUAUUGGGGAGCGGAUGCGUGA